GCUGCGACAAUUGCGGCUUCGUGAGGCUGCAGCGCUGCGGACGAAGCAAUUUGUCGAUCAUUCAUCGAAUCCAACAAAAAUUUCGGCACCCGUGGCGGCACAGACCCAGCUUAGAGCCACAAGAAGAAAUCACAGAUCUUUUGGCAGCUUCCCUGCUCGCAGCAAUCGUAAGAGCGUAAGGACAUGUCAGCCCCACAGCUCGCGCGAGUCUCCAUACUAGGAGUGGGCAAAAUGGGCGCCGCGGCCGCGCGGCGCCUCGCGGGCCUCGGCUACGAGGUCUGCGUCUGGAACCGCUCCUCAGACAAAGCCCGAGCGCUCGCGUCGGACAGGAUCACCGUCGCGGAAACAGCGCGCGACGCCGUCGAGGCGGCGGAUCUGUGCAUCGCAUUAUUGUCGACGACGGACGCCGUGCGACAAGUCGUCGAAGAGUGCCGAGGACCUUCGACGUUGGUGCUCGCCAACCUCGCGUCGGGCUCGCCCGACGACGGCCGCGCCGUCGCCGCGGCCGUCGCGGAGGCGCUGCCCAACGCGACAUACGUGGACGGCGCCUACUGCGGCCCUCCCAGCGCCCUCGAGCAGGGCACGGGCCAGCUGUUCGUGUCGUGCGCCGGCGGCGAAAAGGCGCUCGACGCGCGGGCGGGCGCCGCGCUCCGGGCCUUGGGCGUGACGUCCUUCUGCGCGGGCGUCGGCGCCGCGCGCGCGCUGGAUUAUGCGGUCGUCGACAUGGCCUUCGUGACGCUGAUGAGCUACGCGUCGAACGCCGCGAUGCUCGAGCGCGAGGGCGUCGACGCAUCAGUAGCCGUGGCCGCCAUAAGUCACCGCCUCGCCGCGGCGCCGGCGGCCCUCGAAGCCGCGGCCGCUAGGAUGGCGGACCGGAGCGAUGGCGCGUACGAAUCUAACCCUACGGCGACGCUGGCGACGUGGCGGAACUUCUUUGAUUCAAGGCGGCCCUACCUAGACAAGAUCGGCGCGUCGCGCGUCCUCCCGGACUUCUGCAUCGAUGUUUUGGACCGGGCCGGCGCGAGCGGUGCUCACGGGGGCGCCGACGUGACGCGCGUCCAGGAAGUGCUGCGUUAUAACGACGGUUAAAACCCCC